CGAGGGCGCUGCCCGUCCCGCGGCGCGGGACCCCGUCGUGAUCCAGCUGGAGCUCUUGAUCGGCGAGGCCGCGCAGGGCCGGCUGCACGUGCUGCUGCAGGCCGGGCUCGACGGGGACAUCGAGAAGAGGCUCGCCGCGUGCCUCGCGCCCAGCGGCGCCGCCGUGGAGGCGCUCGCGGCCGGGGCGGCCUGCGCCUUCGCCGGGCACGGGCCGCUGCCCCGGCACGCGCCCCGCGCCAGGGCGGAGCCUGAGCCGGCGGCAGCGGAGCCGGCGGAGCCGGCGGAGCCGGGGGCCGCGGAGCCAGCGGCCAGCGAGGAGGCGGCGGCCGGCGCCGCGGGCGCGGAGGCGCCCGUGGAGCCCGUCGAGGCACAGGACGACCCGUGCGAGCACUGCACCACGGGGCUCCUGAGCGCCCCCAGGCAGGGGCCCGGGCUGCUCCUGACCCUGGGGCCGCAGGCCACUGACGUCCGCCGACAGGUCCUCGGCACCGUACUCGGCGGCCGCAGGACCUUCCAGCGCCUGGCGGCCCUCGCGCCCUUGGUCCGGGGGAGCACCGCCCCGCUGCAGCCGGCGUUCCUGCGCGCCGUCGGCCCCGAGGCGACCGCAGCAGGCUCUGGCGCGGGGCCGCACCCGUUCCUGCUGGUGGAGGAGCCGGCCGCGGACAGCGAGCUGGUCGCGGGGCCCUUCGCCCGCGAGGGCGAGGGCGGGGCGACGGCGGGGGAGGUGCUGGAGGCACGCCCGCUCCGUAUGCCGGGCCCAGGCUCGAAAGCAUCGGGACGGAGGUUUUUAAUAGUUUUCGGCCUCCUCUGCGAACCCAUCUUCUUACUCCUCCUCCUCCUCCACCUCCUCCUCCCCCUCCUCCUCAUCCUCUUCCUCC